AUGGCAGUUACAGAAGUUUCUUCUGCUGUGUCAAUCAAAGCGUUUUCUUUGCAGUUUAGUCCUGUCUUAGAGUUGGUUCGCUUUCAGGAUUUUGGUGUUGAGCAAAUAAUAGACAGGACAAAGUCUAAGCUGGACCUUUGCAAGAAUCCUUUUCUAAGAGCCAAAUGUGGAACAGUGCAUAGGGCAAACAUAGACAAGGGCCGCCCAUUGCCAAAGUUUGGUGAAUGGGAUGUGAAUGACCCUUCAUCAGCUGAGGGAUUCACUGUUAUCUUCAACAAAGCUAGAAACGAGAAAAAGGGAGGUGCAAAGUCUGACUCACCAGGGAAAGAUGAACCUGGUUAUAAUAAAAAUGGCCAAGUUCCUGGGAAGCCCACUAAGAAAUGGUUUUGCUGUAUACAAUCCACUCACGCAGAAUAA